CCAUAAAGAGUGUGUGGGUCUUAAACCCCAUAAAGCUUCACAUUCUUCACUAUAGAGCCAUUAUUCAUCCAACUUCUUCUGCUUUUUCCCUCUUGUUCAGUUCCAGCCCACACAUUUCUUGAUCUCACCCGACAAUGUCGGUCGCCGUCACCCCACCAGCCCUCCGAUCAUUCCACUCCGGCCGAUCAGCUGGAUGGCCGCCGCGGCCUAGAGUUGUGAUGAGCGUCCGAUCAUCCAACACGGUCUCAGCAGCUCCGAUUCUCAUUAAGUUGCAGAGGGACUGCGCCACACCUUUGCCCGUUUUGCGCCACGUCGCGGAUGCCAUGGCCGCUGACAUGCGGGCUGGGCUGGAGGUGGAUGGUGGCAGUGAUCUCAAGAUGAUUCUUAGCUACGUUGAUGCACUGCCGACGGGGAAUGAAAAGGGAUUAUUCUAUGCUUUGGAUCUUGGUGGUACAAAUUUCCGAGUGCUGAGAGUGCAGUUAGGAGGAAAGGAUGAACGUGUGGUCGAGACAGAAUUUGAGCAAGUUUCUAUCCCUCAGGAAUUAAUGUUUGGGACCUCUGAGGAGCUCUUCGAUUUCAUUGCUUCUGGGCUGGAAAAAUUUGCUCAAAAAGAAGCCGGAAAUUUUUGUCUACCCAAGGGAAGGACGAGGGAGUUAGGAUUUACUUUUUCUUUUCCAGUGAAGCAGACAUCAAUUGACUCAGGCAUCCUCAUCAAGUGGACUAAGGGAUUUGCAGUCUCUGGAACUGCAGGAAAAGACGUAGUUGCUUGCUUGAAUGAAGCUAUGAAGAGGCAGGGGCUAAACAUGCGGGUGUCUGCCCUGGUCAAUGAUACUGUCGGAACAUUAGCUGGUGCUAGAUACUGGGACGAUGAUGUGAUGGUUGCUGUCAUUCUAGGAACUGGAACCAAUGCUUGCUAUGUGGAACGCAUCGAUGCCAUCCCUAAGCUGCACGGCCCAAAUUCAAAAUCUGGAAGAACGAUUGUAAACACCGAGUGGGGAGCAUUCUCAAAUGGCCUUCCCUUGACUGAGUUUGACAUAGAAAUGGAUGCUGAGAGUAUUAACCCCGGCGAACAGAUAUUUGAGAAAACAAUAUCUGGCAUGUAUCUCGGUGAAAUUGUGAGAAGAGUGUUGCUCAAAAUGGCUGAAGAUGCUAGAUUAUUUGGUGACUGUGAUCCAGAAAAGCUUCGAAUGCCGUUUUCUCUCAGAACACCAGAUAUAUGUGCCAUGCAGCAAGACUCUUCCAAGGAUUUUGAAGUAGUUGGGUCAAUCCUCCACGAUGUCACUGGGGUGAGUUCCGAUUUGAUCGCAAGGAAGAUUGUAGUGGACGUUUGUGAUACAAUAGCAAAACGCGGCGGGCGGCUGGCAGGCGCAGGAAUAGUUGGGAUUCUCCAAAAGAUGGAGGACGACUCAAGAGGCCUUGUUUUUGGUAAGAGGACGGUGGUGGCCAUGGAUGGCGGCUUGUACGAGCAUUACCCACAGUACAGGAGUUACCUCCAAGAUGCCGUCACAGAGCUUCUGGGACCGGAGAUAUCGAAGAAUAUAGUUAUAGAACACUCAAAGGAUGGCUCUGGCAUUGGAGCUGCUCUCUUGGCUGCUACAAACUCUAUGUAUCAACAUUGAUUUCUUGAACUUGAGCUUUGAACUCAUUGCCCACCAUUUGUUGUUGCAUGAGCAUUUUUAUGUGUAGAAGAGAUAGUUUUUGCAAUUUUGUAAUGUUAUUCUGGUUAGAAACAGGGCCGGGUGAUUGAGAAUAAAGUUUGUUAAGUUGUGAUUUGAGGCAUUGUUUUAGCGGAUUAAAUUUU